ACUAAGAUAGAAUGCGUCCAAUGCAAAGAAAACGUGACCUACUCCAAUAGCCAUGGAGUGGAAAGCUGCAAACCCUGUCAGGACUGCGGUCUACGAAAUGUCCUUCAAGAAUGUACCUCGGACCAAAAUCGCAAAUGUGGACGUAAAUGUCCCAAAGGGUAUUUCUUUGAUGGCCACAUCACUGAUUGCAGAGAAACUACACCAGCAACAGUCUCAACCACAAAUUUUUCAAUACAACCUUCUCCUAGCAUUUGGCCACAACUUUCAUCUCCUUUAGGCGGUGGCUCGUCUACAGCAAUUGUAGCGUCUAUGAAAGAUUUAUUCUCAGUAGAAAGUGUUACCUCGACGAGUAUAGCGUCGACUCCAAGCGUAAAGCCACAGCGUUCAUCGCUGAUGAGCGUUUUGUCUCCACUGGUACUAGGAAACCGUUCCUCUACAAGCAUAGAAUUCACGCAGGUUGUCAUGCCACAACCAUCGUCAUUGUAUCGUGGAAUCGUAUCAACUUCGAUUCCUGGAGGUAUAGGAGUUUCAAUACCUAAAGGAAACGACGCCUCUGCAAGUGUUCCGGGGAAAAAAAAGACUCAGGGAAGGAAAGGCAAAGCUUUGACACUGUUGACUAUAUUGGGAAUAAUAGGAUCGAUAGUUUUUAUCGUCAUCUUUACACCGACUGCAAUAGUUUGCUGGAUAAAAUGCAGAAUUUCUGAGAAGACAAAGCCAGAACAGACAGAUCCUGCUGGAAUACUUCUGAACCUCUUACGAGACACUGAGAAUUCACCGAGCCGCUCUUUGCCAGAAACCGUUAGCUCUUUUCAAAACAACACUGACUCUGCUGAAAGUUUAAUGGCUUCUCAAGGAAGUGAGUCCUUAGAUGUUCGCCGUGAUGGUCAAGGAGACGACAAAGAUUUUGUUCUUACGAAUGACAUUCCCGAAGACUUCAAGCUCACCGACUUUCCAUAUGAUGUAGAGGAUUCUAUUCUGCAACUAGAUUCUGAUUCCUCGCCAGUUCAAAAGAACUGGAAACAUGUCGCUCACAGGUUUAAAAUUCCCAAACAAGACAUUCAGCAAAUGAAAACGGAGAGCAGGAAGCCAGGAGUAAGUGCAAUAAGGCUUUUGAUUGAAAAGUUGUGCAGUUUCAAAUGUGCGACUCUAAAAGGGUUCGUAGACGUCCUCCAGGAGCUGGAACGUAACGAUGUUGCCAACGACAUUAUCAGCUGGUUUAGGGAAAAACAGGACAGAUGUUCAGAGGAGGGUAAGAAUUGA